GCUUUGGUCACUGGCCAUAGCAACCACCCAUAUAAAUAGAUGCUCUGAAGGACAGCAGACUCAGAGAGGCCAGAGACCUGGACUGCAAGAAUGGCACACGGAAAGAUCUCUCCUAUGGAAGCUUCUUGGAACAUUCAUGAGAAAUUCCAUAUAGAUGAAGAUCUGGGCUUUGUUCUCCUAAAUCCACUGGAGGACCUACCUGAAAAGUACGCUGAAUGGAUUUCCAUUGCUAAAAAUCUGCCUGAGCUGAUUGAGUGUGAUAAAUUACGAGCAAGAGUCAAAGAGGUGCCUGAGCUCAGCAUUGAUGACCUCACAGGGCACAAGUCGCAGCGCCUGGCACAUCUGGCCCUAGGGUACAUCACCAUGGCAUAUGUGUGGAAUAAAGGUGGUGAAGAUGCCUGUGAGAUUCUGCCAAGAAACAUUGCUGUUCCAUACUGCAAACUCUCAGAGAAGCUGGGGCUCCGCCCUAUUCUGGCUUAUGCAGACUGUGUCUUGGCAAAUUGGAAGAAAAAGGAUCCCAAUGGACCCUUGACUUACGAGAACAUGGACAUUCUGUUCUUCUUUCCUGGUGAUGGCUGCGACAAAGGGUUCUUCCUGAUGUCCCUCCUGGUGGAAAUAGCAGCAGCUUCUGCAAUCAAACAAAUUCCCAGUCUCUUAGAUGCCGUUCAACAGCAGGACCAGGCUAAAUGUAAAAAUGCCCUGAGUGAGAUAACUUCUUGCCUCUUCAGAGUCCAUGAAGUGUUUGAAGAGAUCCACAACCAUGUGGACCCAGAUGUAUUUUUCAAUGUUCUUCGAAUAUACUUGUCUGGUUGGAAAGGCAGCUCACUGCUGCCAGAGGGUCUCCUGUAUGAAGGGGUCUGGGAUACCCCCAAGCAGUUUUCAGGGGGCAGUGCCGGCCAAAGCAGCAUCUUUCAGUGUUUUGAUGUCCUGCUGGGCAUCCAACAGGAACAUGGAUCUGCUGCUGAAUUCCUCCAGGAAAUGAGGACUUACAUGCCACCAGCUCACAGAGCCUUUCUUGAGUCACUGGGGAAAGGUCCCUCGGUUCGAAACUUUGUCCUUUUAGAGGGAGACGAUGUCCUGAGAGAUAUUUAUAAUGCAUGUGUGAAGGCUCUUGUCUCCCUGAGGGACUACCAUUUGCAGAUAGUAACCAAAUACAUUGUGAUUCCUUCAAUAAAGAAGCAAACAACAAAGUCAAAGCCUGAAGAUUCAUCGGAACAAUCAGAACCCCAAAACAAAGGAACCGGGGGCACUGAUCUCAUGACAUUCCUAAAGAGUGUACGAGAUACCACUAAGAAAUAUCAUUUGAUGGAGGAUUAAUGUGACCCCAGCAAAAUUUUAUGCCAGGAGUAGACAGGAGUAUACAUUCCUGUCAUGGACCUAAUAGUCAAUAAUAUUCAUUGUCCAUCAAACUGGUUGUAAUCCAUAGAGCAUGCAAUAGUUUAUAAAUCCCGCAUUACAAAACAUUUCAACAUACAAAAGAUUCUGUUGCCUGUAGAUUUCUUGAAUGAAAAUAACAAAAAAAUAGUGAUUAAAAAUUACAAACAAAUCUGAUUAUGUGUAUAUUCGAAUGCAAUAAAGAAAUUCAAUAAAUAAAAUG